AUGGCAGACGCAGCUCCUCCCCCGCCCCUGCAGGACGGCCCCUUUGUCCUCCGCAAGCUCGUCUCGGACCUGCCGCUGUCCGCGGACGGGCAACACAGCGAUGCGCGCAUCACCUGCGUCGAGAUCUGGGACGGCAACCUCUACGUGGGCACCUCGGCCGCCGAGCUCCUCCACUUCGUCCUGCUCCCCCCCGACGCCGACGACCCUUCGGCAGAGCCCACCGCCAUCGUCGCCUCCAGGCUCGAGCCCCCGCACAACGACCCCACCGGCCCCGGCGUGCAGCAGAUCCUCGUCCUCCCCCGCAUCUGCAAGGCAUGCGUCCUGUGCAACAACACCCUGUCCAUGUACUCGCUGCCCGAGCUGAGCCCGGACUCGACCUUCAAGCCCAUCUCUUGCCUGUGGGUCGGCGGCGUCGACCUGAACGAAGCAGAGGGCGACGACGAGGGCGUCGUCGUCGUCAUUGGCCUGAAGAAGAGGCUGCGACUCGUCCAGAUCACCGAGAGCUCGCCGCCCAAGGCAGUCAAGUCCAUCGAGUAUGGCGCAUGUCUGCUCUCUGUCAGGCGCGACGCCUUCUCGUGCGCCGCUGACAGCCACUCGUAUGCGCUGCUGGACGUGAUGCACCAGCAGAAGAUUGGCCUGUUCCCCAUCUCGUCUUUGGAUCCCAACGCUGGCCAUGUCGGAGGCGCUGCCGAGACAAUCGCUACCGUGCCUCACCCCCCGUCGAGAAGUCUGUCGUCCGCGAGCGCACAGCCAUCCGCGAGCGAGCAGAGAGGCCACAACCGAAGCACGAGCCUCAAUAUCAUGGGCAUAGGCAGCGCUCCUUCUUCACGAACCGCAAGCCCACCACCCCCGCCACAACGCCAUGGUUUUAAUGUACCAGACUCACCAUCACCGACCGUCUCGCCAGCACCGGCCCACCACCCCGCUCGCUCUCCCGCACGCCCUGCCGCAGGAGAAGCCACAGAGGGCACAGCUGCUGAGAAGCCUUUACCGCCCCCGCCAGGAGAGGCCAUCCCGCAGCUGGAGCUACAGAAAGCUCCACAGCCCCCGCCCUUCGUUCCUCUAAGGCCCCACAUUGCAUCACCAACCCCAAACGAGUUCCUGCUCACCGUUGGCACCACCCCAUCCGAACAGGGCGUCGGCAUGUUCGUCAACCUGGACGGCGACAUGUGCCGGGGAAGCAUACAGUUCAGCAGUUACCCGGAUGCACUGCUAGUCGACGGCUCGGGCAUAGAUUGGACAGCCUCCAUGGGCCCUGACAUGGACGCCGAGGAAGGCUACGUGCUGGCUGCGGUUCACCGAGGGGCUGGUGAUGAGCUUGAGUACGGCGUUGAGAUCCAAAGAUGGGACGUGGAUCCUGGUGCGGGCGAAGCAACCAAAGAUUGGCUGAACCUCGGCGCACUAGGUCUCUCGACACCAGACGGUACCCACAUCCCAACACCCCUGGGUAUGCGUACCAUAGUCCAGCCUUACGACCUUGUCCUUCCUCAAAUCGGGGCCAAGCUUACUGUGCAGCGGCUGCAGCUUCCCUCCAAGACGGGUGUAGACACGCCAGAGAGAGCAGCGCCAGUCCACACAGCGCAAGAAAAGGCAGACCUCGAGUUUACAGAGCGGCUGUCCAAGCUGAAGUCUCGGAAUGUGAUAUGGGCCGGCAACCAGAUUUGGUGGAUUGUCCGCAACCCCCUCGUCACACGCUUGGACUCGCGUUUGGAGCAAGCUACGUUCGCAACCGUCGACGGUGAAUGGAGAUUACACCCGCAUCGCAACCCGGUGGAGAGAGUACUUGGCGACAUACGAGGGCAAGAUCCCCGCAACGAGUCCGAGUAUCUCAGCCUCAUCUACAUACGUCAAAAGGCAUCCGUACUCCUUUUCAUGGACGUCGUCCUUCGCACAAGGAUCAACAUCAUCAUCUUCGAAAACGAGAAACGCAUCACCGAACAAGCUCUCAUCGAAGGUGAGGUGGAUCCACGUAUCGUGUUAUCGUUGCUACCGGUCUUGAACAAAGAAGUGGUCCAGGGACCGGAAGGCAUCCAGGUCUCUGGUGGUAUAACAUCAAUCAUCGAGCAGUUCUUGCGGCAGAAUGACCUGUCGACAAUGCCGACAGACGUCAACGGGCCUUUUGGUGAUAACCUGCUCCAUUUCGUUAAGAGGUAUCUGCAGUUCUGGAGAAGGAGGAAGGGCAUGGCAAGCGUUACGAGUGAUCCGUUCGUCUUCAGCACGGUUGACGCUGCACUGUUGCAUAUCUUAUUAUUACUGGAUCAAGGCAGCCCCAAUGGCACGUCAAGCACAGGAAUGUAUCGUGCCGAGCUUAAUGAGCUCGUCGACCGGGAGGUCGAGUGUUUUGACCGAGCUGUGGAACUACUCGAACAGUUCAAUCGGCUCUACGUGCUUAGUAGGCUGUAUCAAAGCAACUGCAAGGCGUCAGCCAAGGCUUCAAAGGUGCUAGCCACAUGGAAACGCAUCCUUGAUGGCGAGGAAGAUGCGGGUGGCGCCUUUGUCGACGGCGAGAACGAGCUGCGCAAGUAUCUUGCACGCAUUCGGGAUCAGUCGCUAGUGGAGGAGUACGGCGCAUGGCUCGCGAAUCGCAACCCCAAGCUCGGUGUACAGAUCUUUGCCGACGAUCACAGUAGAGUCAAGUUCGAGCCCACAAGCGCUGUUGAGCUGCUGAAGGAAAAGGCUCCCGGUGCUGUCAAAGAGUACCUGGAGUACCUCGUCUUUGGCAAAAAGCACACACGCUAUGUGAACGAGUUGAUUGCGUUCUAUCUAGACACAGUCAUUCACGAGCUCGAGACCAAUUCCGAGUCCCGUGACACAUUAUCCCAGACCUACGAGACCUACCGCAUCCUCGAGCCCCCAAAACCCACCUACCACCAAUUCAUAACCGACAACGCCAUCCCAGCAGAAUGGUGGCAAGCACGCCUACGCCUCCUCCAACUCCUCGGCUCCAACCAGCCUACUACCUCCUCCUACCAUGUCAGCACCAUCCUCGCACGCCUCGAGCCGUACGAGGAAGAACUGGUGCCCGAGAUGAUCAUCCUGCACGGCCGCCAGGAACAGCAUCAAGAAGCGCUACGCCUGUUGACGCACGGUCUUGGCGACUUCGACACAGCGAUAAGCUACUGUCUGUAUGGAUACAGUUCCAUCUUCCGCCCCACCACCAGCGGCACGCUACCGAUCCCACAAUCCGAGCUCCCGUCGCGCCUCGAGCAGUCGCGGCUCUUCAACUUUCUCCUACAAGAGUUCCUCAACAUCGAGGACAUGUCGCAGCGUGUCGACAGAACCGGCGAGUUGCUGGAACGCUUCGGCGGCUGGUUCGAUAUCGGCGACGUGCUUGCCAUGCUGCCCAACGAGUGGAGUGUGGACAUCUUCUCCGGCUUCCUGAUCAACAGCCUGCGAAGGCUAGUGAGGGAGAAGGCAGAAAGCGACAUUGUCAAGGCGCUCAGCGAUGCGCAGAACAGCCAGACGAGCGUUGAGCUGGUCGAGAAGAGAGAGGCUGCUAAGCCGGUCGUCGAGAGGGUCGGUUGA